GCUUGCUUUGAAGAGAGACGGAGACAAAAACACACACGACGAAGAAAUCUCCCGGUGGUCGAAAAAGAUGAAAUCGUUCAAGGAACAAUACACGUUAGGUGAAAGGCUCGCAGAAUCGCGAGAGAUAAUCGCUAAGUACCCUACUCGGAUUCCAGUAAUUGCUGAGAAGUAUUGCAAAACAGAUCUACCUGCAAUCGAGAAAAAGAAGUUUCUGGUUCCAAGAGAUAUGUCAGUUGGUCAAUUCAUCUAUAUCUUGAGUGCUAGGUUACAUUUAUCUCCUGGUAAAGCGUUAUUCGUGUUUGUGAACAACACUCUGCCUCAAACUGCUGCUCUGAUGGACUCGGUCUAUGAGUCGUACAAAGACGAAGAUGGGUUUGUUUACAUGUGCUAUAGCAGUGAGAAAACCUUUGGCUGAGCCAAAAAUGAUGUUAGUGUACAUAUACUUUAAUACAUAAGCUGUCCACUACAUCAAAAGACACAAACACUUGUUAAGCUUAUAUGACUGCUUGUUUUAUCCUUAGACUUUGUUCAUUUGUGCAAAUGUUUCUACUACAAUCUCAGUUCCAACUUGCAACUAGUAUUUCCCCAAAACGCUCUCUUUCUCAUCAUUGUUCAUCUUCCUGAAAAUUCAAAAGAGCAAUGGGUUGUUUUACUUUUACUAGGGGAAGAGUUUUGUGCUUCCUCUCCGGCAAGCACCACGAAGUGGCAAUCAACCAGUAAGAGUUCU